AUGUUGACCAAUUUCAAUUCUGUUGUUUUAUUGAAAUGGUACAUUAUUACAAUAACAAUUGUUCAAUUGUUCAAUUUUCAAUUAACACAUCAAGCGAUUUAUCAAAUUCAAACUAGUGAAGAAGAAGAAGUAGGAAACAGUAAUUUCCCAAUCGAAUUAUCAAAAGAUAUUUAUGUUUAUCAAUAUUCAGAAUCGAUCAAAUAUGAUGAAGUGUCUCCGGUGACAUUUGACAAAGCGGCCACAGUGACCCUCGGUGAAUAUCAAACUUUAAUUGUGAAACCUAUUUUUAAAAUAUGGUAUGCAGGAUUAGAUAUGGAUUAUGUUGAAAUAUUUCCUGGUGUUUAUUCAAAUAAAGAUGACAUAAUGGAUUGUUUUGUUAAAUGUUUCAUGUGUUUAUAUGAUAGCAUUUACUCAAUUCUACUUACAUAA